AUGGCACCCAGAAAAGAUCAUUUCAGAAGGUCACCACGACGGGCCCUGACAGAUGACGAGAAUCAGCCCGAGCUUAAUUGUGACGGCACACUCUCUCCCGACCAAGAAGCUUUUCCUAGGCAAGAGCUUCUCGCCUCGCUAGCGAAACUGCGCCUUGAUCCGCAAUAUAGCGAUCUCACUAUUACAUGCGGUGAUCAGGUUUACUGGGUGCAUAAGAGUAUUAUCUGCCCCCGGUCGGCUUUUUCUGCAAAGGCUUGUCAUGGAAACUUCCAGGAAGCCUACGCCAAUAAAGUAACGCUACAAGAGGAGCCGGCCUUGGUCAGACAGAUGAUUGAAUAUCUCUAUACUUUAGAUUAUCAAGUGGACACUUUGUCAGAAUCUGCGCACUUCACUUUGAAGGAUGUACCGACGGACCUGACCAAAUCUGGCACAGCCAAGACAGAUUCUGCCUAUCAAGCGAUGGUCAUUCGGGGAGACCAAGACUCCCUAAAUACGUCAAAAUCAACAAGUGACUUCGCCUCGUACGGUUGUGAUCCCCUAUCAUUCCACAUUUUAAUGUACGCCCUUGCAGAUCGCAUGUUUAUUGAAGGUCUCAAAGGUCUUUCCAAAAGAAAAGUCGAACAAGAGCUGCUGCAACGACUUGAUGCAAGCUCCUUUCCUAGCGGGAUAGUGGAGAUCUAUAACUCGACUCCAUCACAGGACAGAGGACUGCGAGAUUUGGCAGUCAGAGUACUGUAACUAUGCAUCAUCUCACACGACUGACAACUGACGACGAAGAAAAACCAGCAUCCUUCCAGAACUCUUUACUGCAGUCAGUACCACAGUUUUUAUUUGACCUAGCGGUAGCAAUGAUGGAUAGAACUGUUAUUGAGUGGGCACAAUUUGGUGAAUGCAAGAAAGACUGGAGUCGAAAUGCCGAGGUAUCGGCGGCUCGUUUGAAGGUUUUUGCUAAAUUUGGAAAGCUGUAGGAGGCUUCUCUGGAGGAUCGUGGCCUCGAAACAAUUUGUCAUGCUUUCUGCUCCAGGAAAAAACGCAACAAAUUAUUUACAAGCUAGGUUUGUUGGUUUUUUUCUAAAUUGCAUGAGUUUUGGUUUUCUCGAGGAC